AUGCCUAUGCUUCUUUCCAAGCCGCCGUUGCACCCAAAUCCUACCACGUCGCUGCCGCCACCUCUUAAGCCACCUCCACACCUAAACUCUAACUUGUCGCCACCGCUUCUGCCCAAAGCCGUCGUUGCACCCAUCCUCAUCAUGGUUGGAUCUUCUUCCUCCCUCUCCAAUGCAAGCUCCACCACUGUCUUCUCCAUCACCUGUAAACGCCUCAACGACCUUCCCAUCAAGGAUCACGUUCCCAUCAUUCUCGAGCUCAAUUCCCCGUCCUACAACACAUGGCGCACCUACUUCGCGUUGCUCUUCUGCUCCUACCGCCUCAUCAAUCAUGUUGACGGGAGCAUCGACAUCCGCAACAUGAAAGAUGACGACGGGUGGUUGGCCGUUGACGCAUGCAUCGUCAAGUGGUUGUUCCUCACCAGGUCGCGAGGGCUCCUCGACAUGGUCAACCUCCGCGACCCCUCCACGCACAUCAUAUGGACGCGGCUAUGCGACAUCUUUCUCGACAACCAGCUCCAACGCCUUGUGUUUCUCCAAGGCGAGUUCUCCACCUUGCAGCAAAACGAUCUCACGAACGAUGAGUACUGCAUGAAGCUGAAGGUGCUCUCCGAUGAGCUUCGUGACGUCGGCAUGGUGAUCGACGACUCCGUCCUCCUCACCAACCUACUUCAUGGCAUCCACCCCGACCUCAGCCAGUCCGUCUCCAACCUCUCCCUCCUCACGCCCACCUUCGCCAAGGUGGUCACCUACCUGCGGAUGGAGGAGAAACACCUCUGCCACUCAGCCAGGCAGGCGAUUCAUGCGGCCCUCCUGGUCGGCACCACCAGCGGCCUCGCCAUGCCCCCGCUGCCUCCCCGCGCACCUGCUCCAACCCCGCCCGCCACUCCCAACCGUGGUCACCAGAAGAAGAAUGGGGGGUGA